UUGCAGAAAUUCUUCCUCCGAACAACUGAAUUAAAAUUUUGUCAAUUCUCAUUAAUAAUCGGGUUGUUAAAAAGCGCAUUCACGGCACGUUAGCCAACAUGACAGCAUUGUUUAGUAUAUACGUAGGAAUUUUAUGUGUGGUUUUUGGUUUGGUGAAUAGUGAAGAUGCGUUUGCUAUGGAAAAAAUUGUACAGAGCGGUUUGGAUUUUAAAGACAUUGUAGCGCGAGUGAACUCUACACUUGUCACAAAUGAGUCCACAGGCUGUAUCAACCAGAUUUCCGCUCUAUUGAAUAGUGACCAAAUGACUUUGAAACGAAUGGCCGAUGCCUGGAGUAAAUUCCCAUAUUCCGGCGCUUCAUAUUACGCGUCCAAAUCGGACGCCGGAAAUUACGACGAAUGUAUUAAGAUCAGCACUACAAUUGACAAUGAGCGCAUUUUGGGUAAAUAUUGCUCAUGGGGUUUUGCUAUUCCAAUAUCCAAUGGCACACAAGUGUAUUUGUUAGCUACGUGUAUUCCUGACCAAUGUAGCGCUGCCGAUCUGGCAAAUAUUACCAGAUUGCCUUUAUUUGUUGAUAACUAUUGUUCGACCCAAGAUACCGAUUCCAAACUUGAUGCUGGAGCCGUUAUUGUUUUGGUGUUGUUUGCAUUGCUUUUCACAUGUACCAUAUUGGAGACGGCCUACGAUAUAUUCCUGGAAUACGCCGGAAAAAAACCUCCGCAUGCAAUUUACACGGCUUUCUCCAUGUACAGCAAUGGAAAAAAGUUAUUAAAGUCGACCAAAUACAGCAAAGCAGGCGAGCAAGUGCUCUGCUUCCAUGGCAUGAAGUUCAUCAGCAUGUGGUGGAUUAUUUCAGGACAUGGAGCCAUUUCAAUGUUCUUGGCUCCAGCUCUUGACUAUGAGUUUCGCAGCCACUGGCAAACUCAACGAUAUGCUCAAUAUAUAGCCUCAGCGCACAUUUGUGUGGACACUUUCUUUUACAUAUCUGGCUUUCUGAUGGCCUAUUUGUACUUCAAGCAGUCAAUCAGCAAAAAAUCGGCCACGAAGCAAGCAGGCUCUGUUCCAAUGAUGAUCAUUCAUAGAUAUUUGAGACUAACGCCUGCCAACGCCAUGUGUUUCCUGGGCUCUGUAUUUCUUUUCAAGUAUCUCCAAACUGGGCCAUUUUUCUCCUUUGGUAUCCACGAUGGUUUAAUAAGACCUUGUAAAAAAUACUGGUGGACCUACUUUCUGUACAUACAAAAUUACUACAAUUUCCAUUACGGAGAAUCUUUGUGUAUUCCGACUACUUGGUACCUGAGCGCCGAUUUUCAACUAUUUCUCAUCACACCUUUAGUGUUCAUUCCCAUAUCGCUGAUUUACAGACGAUCGUUUGCAAAAACAAUGGCCGCCUUAGCAGGCGUUAAUUUAAUAUGUUUGGUCACACCCAUUUUCAUCAAACUACAAUGGCGUGAUUAUGAUGUUGAUUUUCAAGAAUACGACUUUCAUUCAAAACUCAUCAGUUACUUUAUUGGAGUGAUGACGGGUAUCUACAUGAGGCACCACAAAAAUAAAAAAGUAACCAUCAAUCGGAUGGUGAACCUCACCAUAUGGUUCUUGGCUCUGGGUAACAUGUUGGCAGUGAUAUUUUAUCGACAGGAUAUUCAGAUAAAAAAUGAAUAUGUAGCUAGAAGUUUAUGCUACAGCUUUACCAGACCGAUGUGGUGUAUUUCCCUUGCAUGGAUUACAUAUGCUUGUGUUAAUGGAUAUGGAGGUGUGGUAAACUGGUUCUUAUCUAGUCCGUUUAUGCAAAUUGGUGGAAAAUUAACCUACAGCCUCUAUCUGACCCAUGGAAUGGUUAUCGCCCAUUAUGCGCUUGGUAUUCGCACUAGAAUUGACUUUACAGACUGGAAUUUGUUCUACACCAAUUGCGGACAUUUUAUCGUGUCGAUGAUGGUCGCCACAUUCUGGUCACUUUCGUAUGAAUCGCCAAUGAUUACGCUCGAAAGGCUGAUAUUUAAUCGUAGCAAAGCAGAGUCGAAGCCCAAAUCGAAGCCCUCCAAAGUCGACCAGAAUGGUUCCAAAGAAUGAAAUACUCAUCAGUUUUAAAUGAAAUAGUUGUAUAUUGUAAAAGCCAGUAAUCUCCAAUUGCAUUAGCGCUACAAUCUGCUAAAACCUAUAAGAAUAUUAAUUUUGAGAUAUGCUCUAAAAUAAAUAUUUUACAAAUAUAA